AUGUUCACGAUAGACAUUAUAAAGUUCAGCGUCCUCGUGUCCCUCGCAUCCGCCGCGGAAUAUGAUCCAUGGUCGUUCGUACAGUUCAUGAUUUGCUGGUACAUAUUCUUAGUGGCUUUGGUUGUGAACACGCUUUUCGUCAAUUCUUUGUACGUAGUAUGUCUUUGUUUUCGCGAAGUCAGCAGAUCUCUGGAGAAAUUGAGGAUGAGUCUGGUUACUGACGAACCUCAUGUGCUCAGAAGGGUGUAUCAUUCGCAGAAGAAUCCCACGCUGCUCUCGGAGCUGAAGACGCUUAGGAGACAGCAUCUGCAACUUUGCAAAAUUAUUGAUACGGCGAAUGAGACCUUCGGCCGUGAGACCAUUGCCAUCAUCUCGUUGACCAUGAUAACUAUCACGUUCAAUUUGUUUGUGUAUUUGUCAGAAAAUACUUACGAUGGUAAGAUCGUGCGUUUGUGGUCGAUGCAGCUGGAGUAUCUCGUUUAUAACUGCCACGGUCUGAUCUUUAUGGCUGUGGUGUGCGAGAUGGUGAAGGAUCAAGCGAAGAAUAUUGGUUACAACAUACAUCGGAUUCUCGUGAUUACCUUCGAUGAGGAGAUCAUCACCGAGUUGUCGUCGUUUUCGAUGCAAGUUCUGCAGCAGAACCACACAAUCGUGGCGAAAGGGCUAGUGAUAGACAUCACCCUGUUGACAAAGAUAGUGGGAAUCAUCGCGACCUAUCUGCUGAUCCUAAUACAAUUCCUUCUGAUGACACCGUGCUGA